AUGGAGACGCCAGUUUUGGGAUUCGAGCUUCGUUGUCCUCAUCUCUUCAACACUAACUCUCGUCCCUCUUCUUCUUCUUCUUCUCCCCUCUCCAUUCCCUCCGCCUCCUUAAAAAUCAUCACGGCGGUGACGGCGACGGCGGCGACAUCAUCUACAGUCGUGGAAUCACCGGAGACCGUAGCUGAGGCAUCUCGUUCGAAGCCUCAUUCGAAAUCAUACUUGACGAGAAAAUCCGCCAUCUCUGAAGUAGAGCGGUCCCCAGAUUUGCUCUCUUCUCUCCAGAGAUUAGCAAGAGUUUUAAAGGUACAAGACUUGAAUGUGAUUUUGCGUGAUUUUGGAAUCUCUGGACGUUUGCAGGAUCUUAUACAGCUCUUUGAUUGGAUGCAACAGCAUGGUAAGAUUAGUGUUUCAACUUACAGCAGCUGCAUAAAGUUUGUGGGGGCAAAAAAUGUCUCAAAGGCUCUAGAAAUAUACCAGAGCAUUCCAGACGAGUCAACCAAAAUCAAUGUCUAUAUAUGUAACUCCAUUCUUAGUUGUCUGGUCAAGAAUGGAAAGCUUGACAGCUCCAUUAAAUUGUUUGAUCAGAUGAAGCGCGAUGGUCUGAAACCAGAUGUGGUUACGUAUAACACGCUGCUUGCAGGUUGCAUCAAGGUAAAAAAUGGAUACCCCAAAGCUAUGGAACUCGUUGGAGAGCUGCCCCAUAACGGAAUACAGAUGGAUGGUGUGAUGUAUGGGACUGUCUUAGCCAUUUGUGCUUCAAAUGGUCGAUGUGAAGAAGCUGAAAGCUUUAUCCACCAGAUGAAAGUUGAAGGUCAUUCGCCCAACAUAUAUCAUUACAGCGCCUUGCUCAAUUCUUAUUCUUGGAAAGGAGAUUACAAGAAAGCUGAUGAGCUGAUGACCGAGAUGAAAUCAGUAGGGUUAGUGCCAAAUAAGGUGAUGAUGACUACUUUACUAAAGGUUUAUACUAAAGGAGGUUUGUUUGAAAGAUCAAGAGAAUUACUUGCUGAACUCGAAUCUGCAGGCUACGCCGAGAACGAGAUGCCAUAUUGCAUGUUGAUGGAUGGUCUUUCAAAGGCGGGAAAGUUAGAAGAAGCGAGAUCAAUCUUUGAUGAUAUGAAAGGGAAAGGUGUUCAAUCUGAUGGCUAUGCCAACAGCAUCAUGAUAUCUGCUCUAUGUAGAAAUAAGCUUUUCGAGGAGGCAAGACAACUGGCGAGGGACUCUGAAACUACUUAUGAAAAAUGUGACUUGGUUAUGUUAAACACAAUGCUCUGUGCCUAUUGCAGAGCAGGGGAAAUGGAAAGUGUUAUGCGAAUGAUGAAGAAAAUGGAUGAGCAAGCUGUUAGUCCCGACUAUAAUACUUUCCAUAUCUUGAUCAAAUAUUUUAUCAAGGAGAAAUUGCACCUACUUGCGUACCAAACCAUACUUGACAUGCACAGCAAAGGCCACCGGCUUGAGGAGGAACUUUGUUCGUCCUUAAUCUACCAUCUCGGUAAAAUUAGAGCUCACUCGGAAGCAUUCACAAUCUAUAAUGUGCUGCGAUACAGCAAAAGAACUAUCUGCAAAGACCUGCAUGAGAAAAUUCUUCACACUCUAAUCCAAGGGAAACUCCUCAAAGACGCAUAUGUUGUAGUGAAGGACAAUGCAAAGAUGAUCUCACAGCCUACUUUAAAAAGAUUUGGCAAUGCAUUUAUGAUCUCGGGUAACAUUAAUUUCGUAAACGAUGUUCUGAAGGUCUUGCAUGGUUCUGGCCACAAAAUCGAUCAGGUUCACUUUGAGAUUGCGAUCUCUCGAUACAUUUCGCAGCCCGAUAAAAAGGAACUGCUUCUUCAACUUCUUCAAUGGAUGCCUGGUCAAGGAUACGUUGUUGACUCUUCCACAAGAAACCUCAUCCUCAAGAACUCUCAUUUGUUUGGUCGGCUACUCAUCGCAGAGAUCUUGUCCAAGCAUCAUAUGGCUUCAAGAACGAUUGUAAAACCUCGAUCCGAGCUAAAAUUUAGAGGCAAGAAUUGA